CCCCACAUUCAGUCAUGCUCUGAUCACCCAGACUCACACGGAUGUGUGUCUUCGGCCUUGAUCUUGUUUAGUCUUGGAAAGUGUGUAAAAGGUGCAGACACCAAUUUGUCAGAUAAUCCAUUCAGGAAGGAAUCAUUACACACUUGAACAAGAACCAUGUGGCUUGUCGUUUCCUUGCUGAUGGCCCUCUGCAGUGGUGCUCUGUCUCUGGACAAACUCAACAUGUGCAUGGAUGGCAAACACCACAAAGUAGAGCCGGGCCGCGAGGGAGACCUUUACCAACAGUGCUCUCCCUGGCGUGACAAUGCGUGCUGCACGGCCAAUAUCAGCUCAGCAGCCCACAACGAUGACUCCUACCUGUACAACUUCAAUUGGGAUCACUGCGGUACUAUGAGCAAACAGUGCAAGAAACAUUUCAUCCAGGACACUUGCUUCCACGAGUGCUCGCCACACUUGGGACCCUGGAUACAAGAAGUGAAUCAGACCUGGCGUAAGGAACGUGUCUUGGAUGUGCCCCUGUGUAAGGAGGACUGCAACGAUUGGUGGGAAGACUGCAAGAAUGAUUUCACUUGCAAGAGUGAUUGGCACACGGGAUGGGACUGGAGCACAGGUUUUAACAGAUGCCCUAAAAGCAGCAAGUGCAGACCCUGGACUCAAGUUUACCCCGAUCCCAAGUCCAUGUGUGAACAAAUCUGGUCCAAGUCCUACCUUUAUACCGACUACACCAAAACGUCAGGCCGCUGCAUGCAGCUGUGGUUCACUGGGCCGAACCCCAACAAGAAAGUGGCAGAGUACUACAUUAACAACGCACGGCAACACCAGAGCUUCACCUUGUCAAUGCUGCUUUUCCUGGCUGUUGCAUCUUUCUCUCUAGUGAUGCACUGACAUGAUAUCCACAUCAUGCUGUCAUGGGUCCCCAUAGCGGUUCCAAUAAAACUGUUAGAAUAAUAUCAUGUCGCUGUAGCUUUCUUGCCCUGUUCUGUCUAGUUCACAGUUAAACUUUCCCUAAUCCGUAAUCUGCAUCUGCUUUAUUUUCUUUGUGAUGUUUAGUUCCCUUGUCCUGCUUUUCAAUUCCUUAUUUUGUGCCCAGCCAACAAUUGCCAGAGUCCAUGUCGCUCUGAUAAUUUCCUUCUUGCUUGUACACAACAAGUAAAAGCUGUUGUACUCA